CCAUGGGCACUCAGUACACCUGCUUGCCAUACCGGACUAAACAGGUCAAGGACAUGGGGCUUCACCCUAGGAAAGUCGGCUGACAUCUUCAGUAUAAAACCACACAUUUUCCUCUGACUCUGGGCAAUGACCUGCACAUAGGAGCUAUUAGUCACAAGCCUCGGGCGCCGGGAGGCUAGGCGGACCUGCUGAUUGGGAACCGAGAUGGCAGCGACUCUGGGCAGUGGGGAACGCUGGACGGAAGCUUACAUUGAUGCAGUUAGAAGAAACAAAUACCCAGAAGACACACCACCUGAGAGUCAUGACCCCUGUGGCUGUUGUAACUGCAUGAAGGCACAAAAGGAAAAGAAGUCUGAGAAUGAAUGGAAUCAGACCCGGCAGGGUGAGGGGAACUCCACUUAUAGUGACGAACAGCUGCUUGGGGUACAAAGGAUCAAGAAAUGCAGAAAUUACUAUGAAAUUCUGGGAGUUCCUCGAGAUGCCAGUGAUGAAGAGCUUAAGAAAGCUUACAGAAAACUCGCCCUGAAAUUUCACCCUGACAAGAACUGUGCUCCUGGAGCAACAGAUGCUUUCAAAGCAAUAGGAAAUGCAUUUGCAGUCCUGAGCAAUCCUGAUAAGAGACUUCGCUAUGAUGAAUACGGAGAUGAACAGGUGACUUUCACUGCCCCUCGAGCCAGACCUUAUAAUUAUUACAGGGACUUUGAAGCUGACAUCACUCCAGAAGAGCUAUUCAAUGUCUUCUUUGGAGGACAUUUUCCUACAGGAAAUAUUCAUAUGUUUUCAAAUGUGACAGAUGACACUCACUACUACCGCCGACGGCACCGACAUGAGAGGACACAGCCUCAGAAGGAGGAGGAAGAAGAGAAACCUCAGACUACGUAUUCUGCAUUUAUUCAGCUACUUCCAGUUCUCGUGAUUGUGAUUAUAUCUGUCAUUACUCAGCUGCUGGCUACUAAUCCCCCAUAUAGUCUAUUCUAUAAAUCGACCUUGGGCUAUACCAUUUCUAGAGAAACUCAGAACCUGCAGGUGCCUUACUUUGUGGAUAAAAACUUUGACAAGGCCUACAGAGGAGCUUCUCUGCAUGACCUGGAGAAGACAAUAGAGAAGGAUUACAUUGAUUAUAUCCAGACGAGUUGCUGGAAGGAGAAACAACAAAAGUCAGAGUUGACAAAUUUGGCAGGAUUAUACAGAGAUGAACGAUUGAAACAGAAAGCAGAGUCGCUGAAACUUGAAAACUGUGAGAAACUUUCCAAACUUAUUGGCCUACGCAGAGGUGGCUGAGAGGAUAAUGGCCCUACGCAGGGCUGGGGUUUGCUACUUGUUCCUACUUAUGUUCCUGAUUCCAUUUUAUAAUACAAAAUUAGGAAAUGAUGAACACUUUAUUACUUGCUGACUUCGGUGGUUGGGCAGAGUGGCCAGAGCAUGGGCACGAGAGCCAGACAUGUCUUCACAGAAUCCUUCCUGGGGAGUGGCUCCAGGGGCCAGGAGCAGUUCAUCUAAGCUAAGUGAAUGGCAAAGCACUGGAUUCCGUCUCCCUGCUCCACGCCCAUGCUGCCUCUGUGAAUGUAGUUCAGGGCAUCCCAGAGCAGAUCCGUGUUUUCUUCCUUCUUCCCUUCGUCAGGGAAGUCUGAAGACCCAGGCAUUCCUAAGCUUAGCCAAAGCUUAAUAUUAGUUAUUUACACUGUCUACCAAGAAUUAUACCUCUCCCUUCAUUAGAGUCAUUAUCUUCUGCCAAGAUUUAGCCUUCGGAACCUGUUCCUGCCCAGCUUUCUAUUUUCUAAGGGAAUAUGGAGAAAUUUAAAUAAUCGUAGUCAAUAGUUUUCUAAUAUUCCAAUCUCUGCUCAGUUAGUAGCAUUAGCAUACUGCCUGAUUUGAGGUUCCUUUAUUUCCUUAACCCUCUCUCUUUUAGAGGGUCCAGAAAUUAAAACUACUAAGCAGCAUCAGGAGGCAAGUUUGGGGCAAAGGUAUAAUACAAGACUGAGCCUCAGCUCCUCUAUGCAGCCUCCCUAGUCCAUCAUAGAACCCAGAGAAUGUCCCUUCAGUCAUUUCCCCUCAGUAUCAGCAUUGGCGUCAUUGCACUUGGGCUGAGUUCCUAUAUGCCACAGAGGCAGACCCAGGAGGAGGCAUUGCCAGCUCUCCAGGCUGUUUGCUCAAGCCUAGAGAUAGAGGGGACAGACUCUCUCUUCCUGGAUAUGGGGAUCUAGCGUUGGCCCCAGAAGCCACUUUGUUUAACCCAGUGUUCUAGAGUUUGUGAUUUGAGAUGCUUUUCAUACAUUCAACAUUUAAUGAGUGCCCACUAUAAAGCAGGGGCUCUCACACAUAUUUUCUUACUUAAACCUCCUCACAACUCUGAAGUAGAUGUAUUAUCCCUGGUUCUAUGAAUGAGAACAUUGGCCCAGAGAGGAUGAGUGGUUGACCUGGGUCAUACAGCUCGUAGUGGCAGAGCUAGAUGAUAGGCUGAGUGUCAAGUAGAAAGUGGGAGAGAGCAUCCUCAUGUCUCAGGUGAUUCUAGCCAGACUGGCAAAGCAGAACCUUUCCUGAGAAUGCCUCUGCGCACCCUACCCCUGUGACCCCACACCCUUUCUGUGGCAAUCCUGCAUCCAUUCAGGACAACGUCCUUGCUGCUCUUUAGGAAGUAGGACCCUGUCAAACAUAAAUUCUGUACACAAAAUAAGAGGUUCCUCAUGGGCAGGCAGCCUUCUCACUGGUGACAAGGAAGAAUUCAGUCACUGCCUGGGCUGUGUGGUUCUGGGCCUUCCUGUGGAGCUGAGCUGCCUGGAUUAUCAUGACUCUGAACCUGGAAGGAUCAUUAGGUGACCGUAGCCUACACUCCAUGCUUCCUUCAGAUUGGAGGAAAAGUUUCUGCUAGAGUUGGCCAGGUACAGUUGCUCAUGCCUGUAAUCCCAGCACUUUGGGAGCCUGAGGCAGGUGGAUCACCUGAUGUCAGGAGUUCAAGACCAGCCUGGCCAACAUGGUGAAGCCCCAUCUCUACUGAUAAUACAAAAAUUAGCCAGGCAUGGUGGUGCACACCUGUAGUCCCAGCUACUUGGGAGGCUAAGGCACAAGAAUUGCUGCAACCUGCAAGUCAGAGGUUGCAGUGAGCUGAGAUCACACCGCUGCACUCCAGCCUGGGUGACAGAGUGAGACUCCAUCUCAAAACCAAAAAAAAGAGUCUACAUUAAAACAGAUCUCCAAAGUAAAGUUUCUUCAUCCCAAUGCAUGGCCACGAUUUACAUAGACGUGCCUAGCAUGGCUCAUCAACAGUGGAACAGCUGUCAGAGCUUGGCGCCCAGCUCCAGAUUGUUUCUCUGAGCAUUACUGCAGAUUGGAGACGUGUAUGAUGGGAGCAGGGCUCAGAAAUAGGGCUUGAGACUCAGGCAGAAACUGAAGCUCUCAUUCAAAUGAAGGUGUUCUCUCUACCACAUGAUCAGCAGUGAGAAAUGCCUCUGUAUGCAUUCCAGAGUCAGGAGAUGAGUUCGUAGGUAAAGAUUGAGAGCUUUAGUGGCUUGCAAGGGACAACUGCUCAGUUGUAGGGAGAGGGAGCAUUUCUAGAAAUAGCCAGAUUUUGCUGCCCUAGUAGGUCUGUCCUCCUGGUUUGGGGGACCCUUCUUGAUUCCCUCUGAGUGACUAAGGGAAGUUACAUUGUAAAAUGUGCCCAUGAGCCAAACAGGCUUAUGGAAAGUUCGCCUAUAUACACAAAAAUCAAAACUCUCCUCUCCCCAUCCCCAACCUCUGCUAGAAAAUUGGCCAUAAUGAAACUAACUUGACAGGUUAAAGACCCUGUUCUAGAUGCCCAGAAAUCAAGUAGUCACAUAUUUUAUGGACUUCAUAGCAGUGAUGAGUAAUCUGUGAUGAUACUAAAUAGAGGCAAUAGUAACUAACUCCAUUAAAUGACAUACUGGUUGUCUGUUUUUAUAGCACUGAUGGGACUAUUUUAUUUAUUACCAAUAGACCACACAUUCACAUCUGUUUUUCCUCAAGGGAACUGUAUUUGCUUUUGGUUGAAGGAUAGUUUAAUCUAUUUGAUAGUAUCCAGAAUAGUGUUAAACUAUAAUUUCCUGGGUUAUAUUUUAGAUGGGUUGUCUGCAUGGUGGUAAAAUAAGCUUUUUCCUCUUGCCUACAUCCUUUGGAAGAUCUCCUGAUCAUAUAUAAACUCUAGGUAGGGCUUAUUCUUGCUGUCAGAGCUUGGCGCCCAGCUCUAGAUUGUUUCUCUGAGCAUUACUGCAGAUUGGAGACGUGUAUGAUGGGAGCAGGGCUCAGAAAUAGGGCUUGAGACUCAGGCAGAAACUGAAGCUCUCAUUCAAAUGAAGGUGUUCUCUCUACCACAUGAUCAGCAGUGAGAAAAGGAAGAUGAAAAUCCUUCUCAUCACAAAGAGCUUGAAGGAAUCCAUGUCCCCAAAUUAGCAACCCUAGGGUUCAUCUGCAGAAGCCAGAAAAUGUGUAAGCUUCCUUGAUCAGCUCCAGGCCUCACAUCCCAUGAGUAGUGACCAAUAAGGAAAUACCACUUCUCUGCUUUCUGUUGGAAACUAUUAGAAAAUACAGUGAACUGGCCAGGCACAGUGGCUCACGCCUAUAAUCCCAGCACUUUGGGAGGCCAAGGAGGGCAUAUCAUUUGAGGUCAGGAGUUUGAGACCAGCCUGGUAAACAUGGUGAAACCCCAUCUCUACUAAAAAUACAAAAAUUAGCCAGGCAUUGUAGCAGGCUCCUGUAAUCUGAGCUACUUGGGAGGCCGAGGCUGGAUAAUCACUUGAGCCUGGGAGGCGGAGGUUGCAGUGAGCAGAGAUCACACCACUGCACUCCAGCCUGGGCGACAGACGGAGACUCUGCCUCAAAAAAAGAAAAAGAAAAAAAUACAGUGAACUCCAGAUGCCACUGGAACAUGGGGUCCAGCAGCCUGGCCAAGCUAUGUGUCGUUCUUUUUCCUCCUCAUAUUCAGGCUGGGCAUUGUGAGGAGGCACUGUGUGAUUCCAGUGGCUUCUGUUCCAAAUGGCCACACCACACAUGCAAGCUAAUUGUCUGCAUGCACUGCUCCUCACAGGAGCUUGCACUUCAUUCAUAUUUAUUCUGGCUCAUUUAAGGUGUAAGUUUAGUGUCCUAAUAUAUUUAUUUUUGGAAAGGCCCAAGUUACAAAACAUCUUUUUUUCUUGAGGCUGCACUGUUGAUAUGUGAUGCACCAAUUAAGUAUAUGCCCAUGUGUUAGAUAUUGAGUACAUCAUUUACAUCAUGCUCAGUAUUUGGAAUUAAAGAUGUGGAUGUUCUGUGACCAGAGUAGGGAUGACACAAAUGGAAUCAGCUCCUGGUAGACUAAGAAUCUUGAAAAAAUCUGGUCACCUGAUCCACUACAUCUGGAUUGAGUGUAUUUUAACAAAGAAAAACAUUAAACAAUUUUAUAUAAAAAGAA